AUGGGCAUGGCGGCGGCAGCAGCGGCGGCGGCGGCAGCGGCGGCGGCGGCAGCGGCGGCGGCGGCGGCAGGCAGUUGGGGCCUCACUGUCAACAUCGACAAGACCAAGCUCAUGCUGCUCAGUGGGCGGCGGACCCAGCACGCGGCGCAGCAGACAGCAGAGGCAGGCCUCACCUUCGCCGGCCAGCAGCUGGCGGCAGUCACCAGCUUCAAGUAUCUCGGCAUCGCCUUUCACUCCAGCACCUGCCUGGCAGGGGCAGCAGCGCCAGCCCGGGCACAGCCGGCGCGCCUGGCUAUGCACAACUGCCGGACCCGCUGCGCAGAGGUGGGCAUCGAGGCGGCGCCCGUCCAGCUGCGGCUUUUCGGCACCAUGGUGGACUCGGUGCUGUCCCAUGGUGCUGAGGUGUGGGGCGUGCAGCUGGCGGCCAAAGCGGCGUGCUGCCAUCGUGGCAGUGCCGGCAGCGCGGCCGAGAAGCUGCAACUCAGCUACCUACGCCACCUGCUGGGGGUCCGGCAGAGCACCCCCAAUGCGGCCCUCCUUGCGGAGACUGGCGAGCGCCCGCUGUGGCAGCGCUGGCUGCGGCGGGCAGCCAAACUCUGGAACAAGACGCUGGAGGAGCGUCCCGGCAGCCUGUUGCAGCAAGCGUUGUUGUCCAGCGUGCAGCUCGCAGAUGGCGCCCACCCCCUGGCACAGCAGUCCUGGGCUGCCCAGCUGGCGGCCGGUCUCGCAGCGGUCGGCAUGCAGCUGGACCUGCAGCAGCCAGCACCU